AUGAGCAGAACCAAUCACACUGUGGUAUCUGAGUUUGUGUUCCUGGGACUCUCCAAUUCUUGGUAUAUCCAGCUUUUCCUCUUUGUUCUGUCCUCUAUAUUCUAUGUGGCGAGCAUGCUGGGAAACUCCCUCAUUGUGCUCACAGUGAUUUCUGACCCUCACUUACACUCCCCCAUGUACUUCUUGCUGGCCAAUCUUUCCUUCAUUGACUUGGGAGUUUCCUCAGCGACUACCCCCAAGAUGAUAUGUGACCUCUUCAAAAAGAGCAAAGUCAUUUCAUUCUCUGGCUGCAUCACCCAGAUGUUCUUUAUUCACUUGAUUGGUGGUGUUGAAAUGGUGCUACUUAUAGUCAUGGCCUUUGACAGAUAUGUAGCUAUAUGUAAACCUCUCCAUUAUCUGACUAUUAUGAGUCCAAGAAUGUGCACUGUGUUUCUGGUGGCUGCUUGGACUAUUGGUUUCAUCCACUCAGUGAUUCAACUGGCUUUUGUUGUUAAUCUGCCAUUUUGCGGCCCUAAUGAAUUGGACAGCUUUUAUUGUGACCUUCCUCGGUUCAUCAAACUUGCCUGCACAAACACAUAUAGACUGGAAUUCAUGGUCACUGCCAACAGUGGCUUCAUUUCAUUGGGCUCUUUCUUCAUCUUGGUGAUCUCCUACAUUUUCAUCCUGGUCACUGUUCAGAAGCAUUCUUCAGGUGGUUCUUCUAAGGCUCUCUCCACUCUGUCAGCUCAUAUCACUGUUGUGGUUUUGUUUUUUGGUCCUUUGAUCUUUAUUUAUACAUGGCCACACCCCACAUCACGCUUGGAUAAAUUUCUUGCCAUUUUUGAUGCAGUUAUCACUCCUUUUAUGAAUCCAGUCAUCUAUACAUUCAGGAACAAAGAGAUGAAGGUGGCAAUGAGGAAAUUGUGUAGCCAGAUUGGGAGUUUUAGGAAAAUCUCUUAAAUGACUUUAUAACAUGAACUUUUCUCAUUAGAAGAACCAAAAAGUCUUAUUGAAGAGCUUGUUUGUAGAAGGAGAUCAUGGGCUAAUAUUUGACAGGUGGAGUUUGAGGUCCUAGAGACUUCCAAGUGGUAAUAUUCAGUGGUCGGUUGGGAAUAUAGGCAUGGAGUUGGGAGAAAUACUGACACUGGAGGUGUAAAUUUAGAAGGUGUCUAAAUAUAGAUCAUAGUAAAAACCCUGGAGGUGGAUGAGAUUGACAAGAGCAAAGACAGUACAGUGAAGAGGGACAAAAAGUUAAUGCUAGAAACAGACAAAAAGACAGGGAGGGAAGAGAAUGUUUUCUGGUGAAGACAAUUUCAAGAAAGUGCUGUUGGUUAUCAGUUUCAAGUACUUCAAGAUGAGGAGAGAGUUAGGGAUAAUUGUUAACCCCUUCUUACCAGCUUCAGGACAUUAUCCUUUCUUGUUCCAGAAUUAUUCAUUCUGGGAAAUCGCUAUUUGUCCAAAAAAA